AUGGCUUCAAACAACCAUGGAGGACCUGGCUCCUUCCAAGAUCAGCGCUUCCCCAUGAACAACGAUCACGACGGUCGCGGUACGAUGGCAAACUCUAUGCCUGUCAACUCCUCCUCUCAUUACUACCCCAACGGCAUUCCCGACGGCUACAAGAUGGUUGGUACCAAGGAAGGAGAGACGCCCAGACUUUACAUCGAAGACAACCUUCCGACCGCCUUCUACAACCAGCCUACGAAGGAGAUAAAGGCUAUUUUUAGCACCAACAAUGGCGAAUUUCCCACUCGCGGUCUCAGCCAUGUCAUCUCAGCACGCCAGAUUGAUUUGUGGAGCGCUGAAGAGCUCCAGGAGAGAGCCAAUGCCAUCCGGAAGAAGCAUUGGAGCCACAUGAAGUCGAUGCCGCAGCUGGAAUACUGGGAAGAUCUGUACGAUUAUUUCGACUGCUAUGACAUCUACUUCCAAGGCGCGAUGAACCUGUGGAACCUCAUGCUUCAUCUCUACCACGAAAAUCAAUGUCUCGUUCGCAACCUUCAUCAGGAGAUUUUGGCGGAAGUCGGCCACUGGUGCGACGAAUGGGCUGGAAAGAGCGGGAAUAAGAAGAAGCUGCUAGACUUCAAAGACUUGCACGGCAAUAUUCUCAAUCUUCUGAGCUCAGAUGACCGCGUCGAUCUCCAGGGACUGCCUCCCGUCAGCAUGGAUCUUGUCCGCAAUGCUCUGAAGUUUCGACAUGACCAGCUUCAAGGCAAGCCGUGGGCUCAGCCGGCCCCGUACCCGCAAAACAGCCUCGGGUUCCAGUGGGAAGAAGGCACACUGCAGCAUUGGCUUGGUGAGUCG